CGAAGUAACCAUGGCCGAUACCGUUGCUCCAGCCAAGUCCCCAGCUAAGAAGAAGUCCACAAAGCCAAAGGUGCCCGCUGCACACCCUAAGUACAUCGACAUGAUCAGCGCUGCCGUUGCAGCUCUGAAAGAACGCGGUGGCUCAUCCAGACAAGCCAUUCUCAAGUACAUCAUGGCCAACUACAAAGUGGGCAACGAUGUUAAGUCUAUCAACACCCACUUGAAAAUGGCCUUGAAGAGUGGCGUUAAAAAAGGUGCUCUGAAGCAAGCCAAGGGUACAGGCGCCAGUGGCUCCUUCAAACUUGGAGAUAAACCCAAGACCGAGAAGAAGCCUAAAGCCAAAAAGGUUGCCAAACCCAAGGCAGCUAAGCCCAAGAAACCUGUCGCCAAGCCCAAGAAGCCUGCCGGAGAGAAGAAGGCCAAGACUCCUAAGAAGAAGGCAGCAGCCAAGAAACCAGCGGCACCCAAAAAGGCCAAGUCUCCGAAGAAGAAGGCAGCACCCAAGUCUCCAAAGAAGGCUGCGGCCAAACCCAAGAAGGCCAAGACCCCCAAGAAAACAGCAGCCAAGAAAACAAAGACUCCCAAGCAGGCAGCCGCCAAGAAAUAAGCAGUCUUAGCAUCCCUGGCAGAAUGUACAUCUAAUUUAACAAAAAAAAAAGCUCUUUUCAGGGCUACCAAAAUUUUAAGAAAAGAUACCUCAGUUACAGUCGUUAAAGAAAUGUUUCAACAUGUAUUGCACAGUUAUGUCUUAU